CUAUCACUGUCUAGUGAUUUUAACGCUGUCUAUGCUUCAAUGAGAAGGGGGCAGUCUUUCUCCCUGGGUAAAGCGGUGGUUUGAAAAUAUGUUGUUGGCUUUGAUACUCGUGCCCCUCUUCACAACAAACGACUUCAAUUAUGGGAGUCUCAGACUAAAGUAUGUAGCGAACGACAGAGCAGCGGAAGAAUUUAGUGCAAGUCAUCAGGCUCAUUCUUAUUAUACUUCAGUGGCCAGGCUAGACCACUGGGCUUCUUCUCAUCAUAUUUGGUGUGAAGUGGGAAUUCCAACCGGAUGCUUCAGAUUUAUACAUCCGAAUUCAAAUGAAGAAGCACUCCAGUCAACAAGAUGAAGAGCAAACCUGGGAAAAAGCAACACAACAAAACCAAGAGGACUAAACACCAUCGAGACCCCAUCAAAACAGAGUGUGGAACACAGUUAGAUGAUGUUGACUGCAAUAGAGAAGAACCAGACAUUAGCCAAUCACCCUACAUUACUAAAGGGGUAUAUAUCAGCUCCAUCCAAAUCAAAGAGGAACCAACAGACUUUGAACAGCAGGGAAUGGGAGAGGAACCAAACCGUUCUGUUCCUUCCAUCCAGAAGAACCACAUCAAACAUCAAAAUACAUCCAGUACUAUGACCCGGUGUAGCGAGAUAUCAUGGAGUCCUGUGGUGAUGCUAACAAGAUUGUCUAAUGUGGUGGUUAAGACUCUUCUGCGAGACACUAAAGUGUGUUUGGUGAAGGAGGAAAACCCAGACGAGACAGAUGAAGUCUCUACUUCUCAGUUCUUUCCUUGUCCACACUGCACCAUCUCCUUCACUGACUGUUACUUCCUGGAGAACCAUAUCAAGACCAAACACCAGAAGCAGUACCUGGCUUUGUUCAAAAGCCAAGUCUCAACAAGUAAAACCGUGUAUGCCGCCACACACAGCUGUCCCCACUGUAGCUGCAUGUUCCAUACCCCACGACAGCUACACGUCCACAUCCGUCAGGCCCACCCCUCUCCCUCUCUAAGGAAACUCCACCCCUGCCCCUAUUGUGCCCGGAGCUUCCAGUACAUAGGCAGACUGCAUACUCACUGCAAGGUUUGGCACAAAAUGGCUGUUACUUUCAUCGAUGGAUACCUCAGUUGCGCUGACUGUGGAAAGAGCUUCAAGAAUUCCUGGGGACUGGGACCUCACCAGUGUCACAAGCCUGAGGACACUAUGCCUGAGGAUGGCCCUGUCUGUCUGAACAUCGGCAUGCCAUGCUCAGAGUGUGGCAAAAGCUGCUCUAGUCCUCAGAAUCUGCGCAUUCACAUGCGCACACACACCGGCGAAAAGCCUUACGUCUGUAAGGAGUGUGGCAAGAGCUUCUCAGAAGCCAGCAGUCAUUGCAAACACAUGAUGAUACACUCAGGGGUCAAGCCAUUCAAAUGCCAAGACUGCGGAAAGGAUUUUGCCCGGAUGUGGCACCUCCGAGUUCACAUGACCGUUCACUCUGGCGAGAAGCCUUUAUCCUGUCCCAAAUGUGACAGGCGGUUUGCAUACAGUUAUUCUUUGAAGCUUCACCUGCGCACACACUCAGGGGAGAGACCUUUCAAAUGUACUGUGUGUGGUAAAGACUUUGCGGACAAAGGUUAUCUGAAGACGCAUCUGAAGAUCCACAACAAUGAAAGGAACUACCAUUGUGGGGUUUGUGGGCUGAAGUUCAUAAACAUUGCUGCAUUGAAAACCCACCAGCGCACACACACUGGGGAGAGGCCUUUCCAUUGCACAGUGUGUGACAAGACAUUUUUCCGACACGCACACCUGAAGAACCACCAGCGCACUCACACAGGUGAGAAACCAUACACCUGUACUGAGUGCAGCAAAAGCUUCACUCAGUCUGGAGAUCUCACAAAACACAUACGCACCCACACUGGAGAGAAGCCGUAUGAAUGUUCUGUCUGCCACGGCUGCUAUACCUCUUCAGGGGAUCUGGGCAAACACAUGAGGAUCCACAAUAACUCACGGCCAUAUCAAUGCCAGGAGUGUGACAAAAGCUUCCGCAUGGUCGGUCACCUUAAAACUCACAUGAGGACCCACACUGGGGAGAGACCGUACUCCUGCCCCCGCUGCCAUCGUACUUUUGCUCGCGCCCACCACCUCUCUGGUCACCUGCCUAGAUGUUGCUGAAUGAUUUGAUUAUUUAUAUACAGUCAACUCUUUUACUCUUGUUGUAGUUAUUUAAUAAAGAGCAGUGAUGUACAGAAGAUGGUUUUGUUCCUGACUUUGUUGUGUUAAUAACAAUAAAUGGUAAUGUCAAUAAAGGCUGCUAUAUUCUGUGAAAGAUGGCAUGCCUGUUGUGUG